AUGCCGCCUCCCUCUUUACCCACCUCUUCAGGCAGACCUCUGUCUUCUUCAUCUACUUCAGCCCGACCUGCUCCUGGUGGACAGAAACGGAACUCCACUGGCUUCGCAUCUCCAAUCACUCAUCAGCCCAAAAGGCUGAAGUCCGGGCAGGACCGAGCAGGUACUCCAAUCUCCGCUAUCGAUCCAACCUUGAUGAACCAGACGUCGGCACCCUCAUCCAUCCCUCGCAAUGUCAAGCCAACUCUCAAGGCAACGUCCUCGGCCGGGGGAAAUAGCAAAACGCAAUGGAAAAGUCUGACGACGGAUGAUGGAUCUCAGAGUGCGGAAGACAUCGUGGUUGAAUGGUUGAUGGAAGGCGAGAACUACGACAGGUACAAACACCUACAAAAGUCGGCAAAGACAGGAUGCUGCGAGCAGAUCUUAGGAAGGAUUAAGGAGGCUGGAAUUUCCUGCGAUAAAACUCCCUCGAUGGUGGAGUCAAAGAUCAGGGGUAUCACAGAGGCAUGGCGGGAAGCCGAUACGGAAUGGUUCUCAACUGGGAACGGGGUCACUCAGCAGGAUGUUGAUGAAGACGAAGCAGAGAUGACAGAGGACGAACGAGAAGUGAAUCAGCGGAAGAGACGAGACCGGGCGGCCUUCAUCGCCAAAUUCGAGAAGAGGUUCCCUUACUACGAAAGGCUAGCUCCUAUUCUCGGUUCUCGUAACAUCAAUCGCCCUACCACUCUCCUCGAGACCGGCCGAGAGGAUUCGGUCCCAGUCGAAACACAGCUCGGACUCAACGUCCAACCAGACGAAAACAGCAUCGGCGCCCUUGGCGAGCCGGAAGACGAUCCCAAUUACGCCUACAUCUUCUCGGCUGAAGCGGAGAACGAUUACGAGACCGACGACGAAACCAACGCCUCCAACAUGUUAUCUCUCACUAAAAAGAAUCAGCUAUCUCCGACAGGCUCGGCCUCUUCGAAGUCGACCUCCCGCUCGACCAAGAGUGCCAGCCGUGAUCCCGCUCUUAUCUCUCAAGCGGGCAAGAAGGCCAGGAAGGAGAACGUACCUACCGAUGACUUCAUCACGCCUAUCACAAGGAUGAUCGAAGCGAGCACGGCGAUGGAUUCGAAGAUGCUGGAGGCCGAUAGGGAGUACAAGAUGCGGACCGCUUCUCUAGAAGAACGUCGAGUUGCUCUCGCAGAGAAGGAAUACGAUGACAAGAUGGCCGAGAGGUCCGCAAAGCGUCGACAAGAGGAGCUCGACCAUGAGAGCAAACUCAGGAUGGCAGAGGCUGAGCAGGCUAUGAAACUGAAGGCCGAACAAGCGAGACAAGACCGCGAGUUGAUGGCCCAACGCUUGUCUGCCUUCGAGAGGUACUGCGCACUGGGACUGGGUCCUGCCGAGGCCAAAGAAGCUGCUGGCUUAUAA